UCCAGCGGAGGUCGGUGUGUUCUACUUCCUCUCGGCGGUAAAGCGUGCUUCUGGUUGUUGCAAAGCUCAAACGUUACUGUGACGAAGCCGAACUCUUACCAUCCCUGGUUAUUAUUUAAUCGGAGCUCAAAAUGAGUUUACCUCUGAACCCAAAGCCUUUCCUGAACGGCCUAACAGGAAAGCCUGUGAUGGUGAAACUGAAGUGGGGAAUGGAGUACAAGGGCUAUCUAGUGUCUGUGGAUGGAUACAUGAACAUGCAGCUGGCAAACACAGAAGAGUACGUGGACGGAGCGUUGGCGGGUCACCUCGGUGAAGUGCUCAUCAGGUGCAACAACGUUUUAUACAUCCGGGGCGUAGAAGAGGAGGAAGAAGAUGGAGAAAUGAGAGAGUGAUGCAGGUGGAGGAGUGAACCUCGUAGUGGACUGUCUGUGGGUGUGCGUGCGUUUUCACCAUGUGAAACAUUUUGAACGUGUCGGGUUUUGGCUAUUUUUCAGGCAAUUUUGAAACAUUUUCUUCCUUUUUUCUUUUUUUAUUACUGUAUGCAAGUCAAGUUUUAUGUUGUGAAACAGACACAAUAAAACAAUUAUUGUAUCAUUUCUUAAA